UCUGAGGAAAAAUUAAGCUGGGAAUCAAGAAACUGAACGGUCCCCAAUUUAGAUAACAGCAACCCCGGGACCAAAUUUCAACCUUUCAUUUUCCUUAUCCAAUUCACCCCCCAAAACAAAAAACACAAAAAAAUAUAAAAAAAUUAGAUGCCUUUCUCCUUUAUCUGUGCCUUUUAUUACUCGGAAUCUUCAGAACACUCCAGAGUACAGUAACUCAAAAAAUCAGCUUCAACCCAAGAAAAAAUAAACACCCCAUCAAAAAUUCCCCUACACCAACAAAAACCCAUCAAGAAUCUUAGCUUAAAGCUUCAAAAUUUCCGCACAAAUAAAAAAAAAAAGACACAAUUUUUAUAUUUAACCAUUCAACGCCCCAUCAAAAUCCAACCACCCUAGCUUCAAACUCAAAACACCCCAACAAAAUUCCCUUACACCAACAAAACCCCAUCAAGUAUCUCAGCUUAAAGCUUCAAACUUUCCCCAAAAAAAAGACACAACUUUUAUUAAGAACCAUGCAACGCCGUCUUCUUGAGACCGAGCUUAGCAUGCCACCAUCUUAUGAGAACAAAACCCACGAUUAUUCGUUCAUCAACGACGCGAACUUUGACACCAACAUGGUGAUCGUAUUGGCAGCACUCUUGUGCGCAUUGAUAUGCGCUCUCGGGUUGAACUCCAUGGCGCGUUGUGCUCUUCGUUGUAGCAGAAAUUUCUCAGACGCGACAUCAGAACAAACCGCCGCGAGGCUCGCCAAAACGGGGCUCAAGAAACGCGAGCUGAGACAGAUUCCGGUGGCGGUGUACGGCUCUGGCGAGAAUAUUCCGGCGACGGAGUGCCCCAUCUGCCUCGGGGAGUUCGAGAAAGGGGACAAGGUUCGAAUGCUGCCAAAGUGCAAUCACGGGUUCCAUGUGAGUUGCAUUGACACGUGGCUGUUGUCGCAUUCUUCGUGCCCCAAUUGUCGCAAUUCGCUGCUCAAGAAUAAUGAUGGAAGGGUCGCCGGAGCAAGCUCGUCGGAAAAUGGGUCCGACCGACGAGGCAACGUCGUCGUGAUCGUCGAGCAGGCAAGUUGAAAGAAAAUUAAUGGUACAAAGGACAAGUGUUUGUGAAAAGUUGAGAAGUUUAAUGAUAGUAGUUGGUGGUAGUUAUUAGUUAGUUAAUAAAUAUUAAAUAUCCAAUCACACUUUAGAGAAAUAAAAUAAAAAAUUAUGACUGAGAAAUGCUACUAGCAUUCUUUGAUGUUUUAUUAAUAAUUUUUUAUUAUUGGGUGACUUAAAUUAUUUAACAAGAAUUGAAUACAAUUUUAUUUGAUAAUA